UAAGAAACAUGGAUGCUCAAUGUGACUAUUGCGGAACCGAAAAAGCAUUAAUCUACUGCAAAUCUGAUUCGGCUAGACUUUGCUUAAACUGUGAUGUCAAUGUACACUCAGCGAAUCCUUUGUCUCAAAGACACACGCGGUCUUUCCUCUGCGAGAAAUGCUUCUUGCAACCCACGGCAAUCCACUGUCUGAAUGAGAAGGUUUCUCUUUGCCAAGGAUGUCAAUGGAACGCAAGUAACUGCACUGGUUUAGGACACAUACUUCAGAAUCUUAACCCUUACUCAGGUUGUCCUUCUCCAUCGGAUUUCACCAAGGUCUGGUCUUCGAAUUCAGAACCUUCUGUCUCAAAUUGGGUUUCUCCAUUUGAUGAUUGCACCAAAAUAAAUGAGUUAGUCGAUUGGGAUGGUUUAUCUGCUUCCAUGAUUACACAAACUCAGAAUCUCAAAGAAAAUUCUAUCCUUUUCAUGGAAUCUAAUCUUCCUAAAGUGAUAGAGGAGGAAUGUUCUGGUUUAGAUCUAUGUGAAGGGAUUAAUUUAGAUGAUGCACCUUUGAAUUUUAACGCAAGCAAUUAUAUUAUUGGAUGUCCAUCACCUGAUCAAACCAAAUGUUACAAGUACGAGGGUUCAUCAUAUAAGGAAGAUAAUAAUAACAUUGACCUUUCUUCUCUGUUUCUUCCUGCCUUAUCCGGUGGGAAUGUUGUUCCGAGCAUGUCGCUUUCGAUGUCAAACAUCACAAGAGAAAGCAGCACGACUGAUUACCAAGAUUGCGGUAUAUCCCCAGGGUUUCUGAUCGGAGAUUCGCCAUGGGAAUCGAGUGCUGAAGUCAGUUAUAAUCCAAAAUCAAGAGAUGAGGCUAAAAAGAGAUACAAACAAAAGAAGUCAAAACGCAUGUUUGGGAAGCAAAUUAGAUACGCAUCACGCAAAGCCAGAGCCGAUACGAGAAAACGAGUGAAAGGAAGAUUUGUGAAAGCUGGAGAAAAUUUUGAGUAUGAUCCAUCACUAAUUAUGUGAACUAGUGAUGCUUCUCUUCAAAGAAGUCUCAAGUAAAGAAAGAAAAAAUCUCACUCCACCCAAGGGAUUAACAGUUUCUUGUUGGAGAAGCAACACAGAAAAAAAGAAAUCUCUCUUUUUUCAGAAAAUCUACAAGAUCAAACUAAAAAAAAAACCCUGGAAUCACCACAAAUGGUGAUAACUGAUAACAUAUGGAGACAAAAAAAAAAAAUCUCAAAGUUUGCUCUUUC